AUGAGGCGGAGCUCAGGUAAAAACCGAGGGGCAGAGCUGGAAAAGGACACAGAUCGGGUUUUGAGAGUGGGCAAGGAAGUUGAGAUUAUUGCAAAGUCGAGAGUUAUAAUGGGUGACAAGGUGGUCUGGAGAGGAAAAAUCAAUGAGUCUGAAGGAAGGGAGGAAAGGAUGGAGUCGGGGGAUGAUUCCCAGGUGGCCUCCUCCCCCCAAAAUGAAGAACAGAUGAACCAGCAGAUGGACAUGAAGAAGGAGGCAGAUAUGAAGAACAUGCAGAGGGAACUAGAUAAACUGAAAGAAAUCAUGUCAGAAGAAUGUUUUAAAUCUGCUCAACGUUUGGUGGAAAGCUGCAGCAACCAAACUCCUCCUAACUCGCAGGAUCUACACCAAAUAUUCACUUUUAUUUUGCAAAAAUCUGAUAAAGGACCGAAGAACUCAGAGAGAUCUGACGGUCCCGGUUACAAAGCAGAGACCUCUUCAUCUUCAUCUUCAUUAUCUUGCUGGGCUAAAGCCACAGUGAAGGUGUUCCAGGUCAACACUGGUAAGACCUGUGGUGCUGAUCAGAACAUACUGGAACAGGUGAAGAACGUGGGACUGACAUCCACAUGGAAGGUGGAGACCACUAGAAACCUGCAGGAGAGUGAUGUCAUCAUCGUCUUCUGUCCAAUCAUGUCUCGUGUUGGAUCAGAUUUGGAGGCCGCCAUGAGAGAGGACUCAGGUAAAAGAUUAAUGGUCAGAUGA